GAUUUUCAUACUUGUAUUGUAACAAUAAACUCAAAUAAACACAUACAUAACCAAGCUCACCAAACUCACGAUGCUUACCUUGACACUUACUGCAGAUCUUUCUGGUGUGAAUGAGCUUGUCCCUGAUGACAGCGCAGAGAAGAACUUCUGGUAUACUUUCAAAGUACAAUGUGUAUCAUGCAGAGAAAUCCAUCCCAACUUCAUAAACAUCAAUAGAUUUGAAGCAAAUGAGAUGAGUGGUAGUAGAGGAGAGGCAAACUUUGUAUGGAAAUGCAAGUUUUGUAAGAAAGAAUCAUCUGCAUCAGUUAUAUCAACACCAGUUCCAUAUCAAGCAGCUUCUCCACCAACCCGUCAAAAGAUUCUGGAGUUUGAUUGUCGAGGUCUUGAGUUGGUGGAAUUUAAACCAGAGGGGGAUUGGUUGGCUGUUGGAACAGACAGUGGCACCAAAUUUACUGCUAUCGAUUUGAAUGACGGAGAAUGGUAUGAUUAUGAUGAUAAAGCAGGAGAGGAAGUUAGUAUCAAGGACUUGAAAUGGGAGAUUAGGAGAAAUUAAGAUGAGAUGAGAUUGUGAAUAGAUGCCAAAAGGAUCAAGUAUGAAUGUUAUGAAUGAUUUGGUUAAGUCACCUGGUCUGAUUGCA